AUGGACAAGCCAGAAAUAGGUGCCUCUAACACCAGGAAGAAUGCUUCUUCUUCAUCUUCCUCUUCUGUCAGCUCCUACGUCUCUCCAGGUCCAAUGCUCCCCUCUCCAAGUGGCUCAAACCUGUCUGCUCGCCAGUUCAUUGUCGAUUCAAUGGACAAGCUCUUGCUAGAUCCUGUAAUUUACAACAACAACCACAACUCCCUUAGAAACUCAGAUCUCAACGAUGUUGAUAGCGAUGACGAUAACUUGUCCAUCUCCAACGAUAACUUAGAAGACACGUUAUUCGGUGAUUUGCAGUAUCAAUAUGAUAAAGGUUUUGAUAACAGCCAUAACGAUCCUGAUCUGUCUGAUCUAAACUUAAGCAAUUUAUCCAUCCACGACUCAAAUUUUUUGAAUGAAAACAGCGAUUCAAUUCCAAUUGCCAAUGCCUUGAAUUUCAAUAUUGGAAAUGCUCCAAUUUUCACAAAUAACCAUUUGAAUUUACAUCUAACUGAAGACGUCCAAAGACAGCACCUUCAAAAGGACGAUCCUUAUUACCACAACAUUCAUAUGAAUAUCAAUAAUGACUAUAAAAACAAACAGCAAACAGCAAACAAAACCAAUGCUAACAAUCUCGAUAACAUUGAUGAUAUCAUUGAUAACACAAAUAUUGAGCAUAACGAUAUCAUAAACACUAUUGAUUCCAACAUUUAUGAAAUCGUCCAGAAUGAAAUCAACAAAAACAUUGAUAAUCACAACAGCCCACUAAACUCAUCUCCAAUGAUUCACUCCAAUCAUACUCAACCAGAUGACUCAACUAACCAUGACAUAGAUUUAGACGAUAACUCAAUGAAUUAUUUCAACUAUAAUUCUCAAAAUAACAAUCAAAUUUUGGAUUCUCCAAUAAGAAAAAUUUAUCACAAUAACUCCAUUGGUGGUUCGAAUCGUGGAAUUAAUGAAUUCGAUCACAUUAAUCCAUUUCAACAAAUUCCCCAGAAUUUUUUGGAUCCUUUUAAUAACAAUAACUAUAACCCUAAUAAUCCCAACAAUCCUAAUAAUAACCCCAAUAAUUACAACACUUAUAACAAUAAUUAUAACAAUUCAAAUUCUUUAGAUCCGGCUUUCAAUUUCUCAACUUAUAACAGAAAUUCAACCAUAAAUUUCAACUCAAAGAUUUUUUUUGAAAACUUUUUAACAGAGUUUAAUGAUUGGUUUGUUCACAACGAUUUACAUCUAAAUUUGCCCUUGAUUAAAAACGCUUUUAACAACCAUCUUGAAUUUAAUAACUUUAUAAACUUUUCUUAUCAAAAGAAAACAUCAAUCAUUAAUAAACUAAUUAAAAACCUAUCUUUAAAUAAUCUGUCUUCAAAUUCUAUUAACAAAACCAAUAACGACUACAAAAAUCUUAAUCGUAAUUAUAAUAACAUCAACACUAAUGAUAACAACACAGAACCCAAUUUAUCCAUAAACUCACCAUUUUCAUCCGUCCCUCAAUCAGCUUCUUCAAACUCCUCUGCCUCUUCUACUGGCUAUAAAUCUUUUGCUGAUUAUUAUUUUAAAAGUCACAAUAAGGAUUCCUCUAAUUUUUCUUCAUCUUCAAAUUCUCUAAUUGAUGAUGGUGGAACCAUCUAUAAAUCAAAUUUUAAUAAAGAAUUGAAAUUAGAUUCUUUAUCCUGUUUAACCUAUAUUUCAAUGGGUAAUUUUGCCGAAUGUUUUUCAACCAAACAACAAAUCUACCAAAUGAAACAAAAUUCAAAAUUAUUAUUCAAUUCUAAUUUCUUGAAAAUCUUAAUUAUUAAAAUUAAAAAAAUUAUCAAAAUUAUUAAAAAUUUCGAAUUACCAAUCUUACCUCCAACUUAUAAUCCAAACAAUUUAAACCUAAAUAGUUCAGACCCAAUAAUUAAAAACUAUUACCAAAAAUUAAACGAUUUCAAAUCGAUAUUAAAAUUCUAUUUUUUUUAUCUAACUAAUUUUUACUUUAUGUUAAAUUGUUUUAUUUUUGAAUUCUAUGAUCACACUUCAAAUAAAAAUAAAGAUUUCAAUAAAUCUGAUGAUGAUAUCUCUGAUUCAGAUUUAGAUAUAAUUGAUGAAUUUGAUUUAUCACCUGAAAGAAGAAAUUAUCAUGAUAAUUUUAUCAAUGUUAUUUCAAAAUCAAAAAUUUUAAUUUAUUUAGUCCAUUUUUUAGAAGAAUUCAGAUGGAAACAUAAAUCUUAUUAUAGAAUGAGAAAUAUUAUUCUAUUAAUAAAUAAGUUAAUAUUAAUUGAAUUCGAUGUGAUCAAUUUCGAUAAAGAUUUAAAAAAAAUAAAAAGAUAUUUAAACUAUAAAUUUGGAGUAAAACCUGAAGAAGAAAUCAUCAAUGAUUACACUAAAUCCAAGCUCUAUAAACCCUCCAAAAAACAUAAAUAUCCUGAGCUUAAUAAAAAACCAAAGAAAUUAUUUGCUUCUCCUUUAGAUUAUUACGUUUUUCGACAGGAUUUAAUGGCAAGGUAUCCAAAUAUACAACCUCCCAAAUCGGAAUAUCCAGUUCAAUUUGAUAAUGGCUCUUCAUUAUCACAAUAUAUUGAAACAGCUAGAACCUUAAACACACAGUUUUUCAAUAAUUCUUUACCCACUCCCGUCGUGCAUAUUGCUACACCGGCUCCAUCACCUUCUUUAUCACCAUCAAUACCAGGAUUGGAUGGAAUGAAUGGUGGUCCCAAACAAAAAAGAACCUUUCAAACUAAUCAAAGUUAUCCUUUUAUAUAUCCUCUAGAAGAUGAAUUAGAUUCUAAUGUUCCUUACUCUAUUAAAGAAGCAAGUGAGAUUUUUUCCAAAUCUGUGAAAUUCAAGUUGGGAAUUAAGCAAUUAUGGCAUGAAAGAGAUAAUUUUAUGAAACAAGAAAGAGGUUGGGUUAGUAAAAUUAAUCGACCAAAAAAUCCUAAACCUGCUGAGUAUGUUCAUAAUUAUGAAAAAGAUUUUGAAAAUGAGAUUGAACAAGAACCUUUAAAAAAAUCUAGUGACGAAGCUGAUUUAGAUGAUGAUGAUGAUGCUCAUGACAUGUUUGAUAUUACUGAUGUUGAAAAAGAGAUUAAAAAAUUUCCUGGUUAUAAAGAUCAGAUUUUGUCAAUACAUAGAAUCGAGGAAUUUUUUAAAACGAUUUUUCCAAGUUUAAAUUCAUUGGUUAGCAUUUUAAUCAAAGUUUUAUUAUCCAAUAAUAAUAAUAACACUUUUGAAAAUAAAUUAUUAACACAAUAUUUAUCAUAUAAACAGCAGGAGGAAAAUUCUUAUGACAAAAUGAAAAAUAAUUUUGAGCAUCAUAUAAUCAAUCAUUUUUAUCCUGACAAUAGUUAUAAUUUUAAUUUCAAUGGAAUGAGACCUCAAACACAAAAAAAUCAACAACAGGGACCACAAAAUGUUCAGUUUGAUGAAAAACUAUUUAUUGACAAAGUUGAAUUUUUAAGAGUAAAGGAAGUUACAUUGAAAUCGUCUACAAACAUAUUAUUAUUGUUGACAUAUCUUUUUAAAGUUUCACAUAUUUUGAAAUUUAAUUAUUUUACAACAUUAAUCUUUGAUUUGAAUUUUAUACCCAUUGUAUUUGAGUAUUUGAUUAACGAGAAUUUCAAGGAAAAAAUGUUGAAUAAAGAAGUAAAUGUUAAUAAACAUUCAUUUUGGAAAGUAUGCGAAGGGUUAUCAGAAAAAAGAAAAAUGUUAGUUGACCAAGUAAAUGAGAAACCAAGAAAUACAAUUAGUAUAAGUUAUAAUAAUGGAUAUAAUGGGUUAGAAAAUGUCUAUGAAAAUGAAAUCGAGAAUGAGGACGAGUUGUAUGACGAAAUAACCAAUUGCAAAGAUUAUUAUUUUUACGACAAUUCAUUAUCGCCACAAAUUAUUGAUUCUAAUAGUAGUGAUGGGUUAGAUGGAUCGAACCUUGAGAAAAAUCAUAUGAUGUCACAUUUAGAUUACGGUAAUCCUAAAAAUGAAUAUAUCAAAAAUAGGUUUGAUGACAGUGGGAGAAUAUUUAAUCAUAGAUAUUGUUUAAUUAUAUCUAAUUUAUUGAAAUUACUUCAAAAGACUAUAAUUGGGAAGACUAAAAGAAUAACAAUAUUAAGAGAUCGACAACCAUCUGAGUUUUUUCGAGGUAUUUUGGGAUCAAUGUAUAAUAAAGAUAUUUAUAAAUCUAUUUUAAAGAUUAUUAAAGAGACCAUACCAUAUAAUGGGAAAAAAUGGAAGACUAUUAGUAUGGACUUAAUAUCGCUAUGUUAUUUGCAUUUAGAUUUAAAUUUGAAGGAUAAUUGGUUAACUGGAAAGGAUAUUGAGAAUGAGAUAUUAAAUAGUGAGGGACAAGAAUUGGCAAUGAGAGCAUUGGUUCAAUUUUAUAUAUCGAGAAAAUAUGAAGAUGGAAUUGAUAAGUUAGGGUAUGAAAAAAGAGAUGGAGAUUUUUUCACCAGGCAAAUGGAUUUGUUAUCGAAUUGUGAUAAUAAUGAAUAA